AUGCUUUCAAGCCCAAUAUUGUCAAGAUCACAUGAAAGUCGUCAAGCUCAAUCCUAUCGACUGCAGACAAAGUAUAGUAUCAAUCUACAUCGGGGUUUGGCUCCUAGAGCACCAAUCUACAUUGCAGUAACACAAUUUGAGGCAAAAAAGGAAGAAAAAACCUACCUCAAGGAGCUUUCCCUCGAUUGUAUGGAGUUCGCAGCAAGAACAAAGGUGGAUGUGAAAAAUGCUACUGUUAUGCUAUGUGUUACGAAAAUGCAGUUAGCUAGGAGACUAAUUUGGUUACAUCUUGCUAAAGCUAGCUAA